CUUCCGGGUGGCUCAACCGUCUCAGCACAGCGGGCCGCUGGCUGGGUCCUCAGGCGCUGCAAGCCCUUGUUGCCCAUAUCCACAAUGGGAAAUGAGUCCAGUUACCCAGCAGAGAUGUGCUCCCACUUUGACCAUGAUGAAAUCAAAAGACUGGGCAAAAGGUUUCGAAAACUGGACCUGGACCAGUCGGGCACUCUGAGCGUGGAGGAGUUCUUGUCCCUGCCCCAGCUGGAGCAGAACCCGUUGGCGAAGCGAGUGAUCGAUAUUUUCGACACAGAUGGCAAUGGCGAAGUGGACUUCAAGGAAUUCAUCUUGGGGACUUCGCAGUUCAGCGUCAAAGGAGACGAGGAGCAGAAGCUGAGGUUUGCUUUCAGCAUCUACGACAUGGAUAAAGACGGCUACAUUUCCAACGGAGAGCUCUUCCAGGUGCUGAAGAUGAUGGUGGGUAACAACCUUAGGGACUGGCACCUGCAGCAGCUGGUGGACAAAACCAUCAUCACCCUGGAUAAGGAUGGCGAUGGCAAAAUAUCCUUUGAGGAGUUCAGCGCUGUUGUCAGAGGCCUGGAGUUCCACAAGAAGUUGGUCAUUGUCGUGUGAGCCUUUUUUCCAAAAAGCACCAUCCAAUCGCUGUAGCCUUCUCUGUCAAGAUCUUCCCGAGUACCCAACGUUCCUCUCUGGCAGACCUGGAAGUACUUCUCUUUGUGAAGCCACGUUUUCUAACGCCACUUUAGCCUUCAACCCAUUGUAAAGGCUUCCUUCAUUGAGUCAGGGUAACAUCCCAAGUUGAGGAAGAGCAUGUUGAAUGACUGGUGGGGAAAGAGAAGGAAUUGGCUUUUUUUUAGACCCCCUUUUCUUUGAAUGUAGAGACCAUAAGAGUCAAGAAGAAUUAAAGUUCAAGAACAGUAAAA